CAUCUAGACUCGAUUCGACUCGACCUGCAACCUAUUUCACGCCCGUCCAUUGGUGCCCCCGGAUCGGCAAUCGGGCCCCGUUGUCACCGGCUGGGAAUGCGCCCGUUGCUGGGACCUCACCACCUGGAUACCUGCCUGUCUGGCGGAGACGCCGUACGGUAUGCGGCAUUCGGGCAGGUAUUCGCGAGGGAUCGCCUGCGAAUACGGCACCCAUCGAGACAAGACUGGGGUGGUAGCUAUCUAGCUGGUAGAUACGGAGUAGAGCGAACAAAUAGGCUCGCACCUUGGGAAACCCAGUCGCAUCUUUGGGCGCCUCACGCCUCUCCUGUUUCAUCUUAUCCCGCUGGCCUGGCGGCUCGCGUUUCAGGUCCCACCACCACGCUGCGCUUCUUUGUCGCCGCUCCACUCGACAUGCCUGGCCCAAGAAUGAAGGCGCCCUCGACUUCGACCGAUUCGCCUGGUGCCUGCAGUGGCCAGUCUGCCAAUUAGUGUUGCCGCCGGUGAAUGGCCCAUUGACCAGCGCCGGGAAGAGUGGGCUGGCCGCUGCUGUUAUUAUUAUUAUAUCGCCCGGCCCCAGGCCUCGUCAUGCAUUGACAUAUUUCACUUUGCCUGCACAUUCUCUGCCUUUCUUCUUCUUGGUCCCUGCCGGACCGUUUACCAUCUUUCUUUCGCGAUUGAU